AUGUCUCUCCCAUCGAACGUCCACGUCUCUUCCCACCCCUGUCUCAAGGCUAAGCUGUCUCAGCUACGCUCGCAAAGCACCAGCCCGCGCGAGACUAGAGCUCUUGUGCAUGAGAUAGCCUCCAUCUUAGGCGUCGAGGCCUUUGCCAGCGGACUGAAGCUGAUGUCGACAGGCAAGGACAAAACACCCCUCGGCGAAGAGUAUGAAACACAAGGCAUCGACCACGCCGACCUGGCACUGGUCCCCAUUCUCCGCUCCGGUCUUGGGAUGGUCGAGGCCCUAAACUCCCUCCUCCCAACCGCCGUCCCAAUCUACCACCUAGGCCUCUUCCGCGACCGCAUGACUCUCCAGCCGGUCGAAUACUACAACAACCUCCCCUUCCACCGAUCCAAGCUCUCGCCCGCCUCGCCCGCUUCCCUGGACUCAUCUGCCAACACCGCCGCCGCCUCUCUGGCCGUGCUCUUGGACCCCAUCAUCGCGACAGGCGCCACGGCCGAAGCGGCGAUCCACCUGCUGAAGGAGUGGGGCGUGAAGAGGGUGAUCAUGUUAAGCGUGCUUGCGACGAAGGAUGGGAUUAAGCGUGCGGCGGGGGUUUGGGAGGAGGGGGUUGAGGUUUGGGUUGGGGCUAUUGACGAGAGGUGUAAUGAGAAGGGGAUGAUUGUGCCGGGAGUUGGGGAUAUUGGAGAUCGGUUGUUUGUUGCUAUUGGGAAGUAG